AAUAUUCGUGAACAAUUUUGUUUUAGUGUGAAAAUUGAAAUGAAUAAUCAAUGCAAUGGAAGAUAGCAACGAAGAGAUUGAACCCUGCCGCAGCAUUGGGCCGCACGAGCUGGAGGCAGUGAAAAGUCAGGCCAUUAUAAAACUGUCGCCCGUGCAGGUGCCUGCGCAUUUCAAGCGCCUGGAAUGUAACACUAAUCUUAAUCUACCGCCACUCAACUGGCUGACCACCUCACACAGUAGCCAUGGACUGCAUCAGGCGCUGUAUCAGAGCGCAGGAUUCGCCAGCUUCCGGCUGGGACAAAUGUUUCCCGAUUGUGUGGGCGAGGUGGACGUCGUCUCGGAUGCCGAGAAUAUCAAACAGCUACUUAAACUGCCUUACAGCGCCAAGAGCGCCAUCAGCAUGGUUGUCCACAAGGUGGGCAACACACUGCUGCUGGACGAGUUCGAUAUACAAAAGUAUUUGCUGCGCAAGUCGGAUGAUGAUUGGAAGUGGCUGCGCACCUUUAUACUGGAGCACAUUCUGGCCUAUGGCGAGGAGCAGCACAAUUUUUGCCUCAAGGAGCGCUCACGCGAGGCGCUGCAAACAAAGAAUUUGCUCUCCAAGUUUCUAUACCAUAGUCUGAAACAGACUGGCAAUACGGAUUACGAUACCAAUGCGCCCACGCUGCUGACCAGCAGACGCGCUAGCUUGCCAAUCAUUGGACCCGUGCUGCCGGAACCGAAGAUCGAGGAGAAUGUGCCCGAUCCCAAGUCCAGUCAUGCCUUCAAUCGCAAUGUCGUGUGGACCUUUGAGGAUAUACGCAUGCUGAUUGGCACUGAUAUGCCAAUCUUUGGUGGGCCAAACAGGCCGUGCAUUAGCCUGCGACUACGUGACGCGGCGCAGCCCAUCAAUGUUCUAACUGGCAUUGAUUAUUGGCUAGACAAUCUGAUGUGCAAUGUGCCCGAGGUGGUCAUGUGCUACCAUUUGGAUGGCAUUGUGCAGAAAUAUGAGAUCAUCAAGACUGAGGACCUGCCCUAUCUGGAGAACUCGCAAUUCUCGCCACAGGUUGUGCGCAACGUGGCGCAGAAUAUUUUGGCUUUUCUCAAGGCGAACGCCACCAAGGCGGGUCACACCUAUUGGCUGUUCAAGGGCCGCAAUGAUGACGUGGUCAAACUCUAUGAUCUCACUACGCUCUGUCAUAAUCAAAACAAAACAGCCGAGUCAGAGCGUCCGCAAACACAACAACAGCAGCAUGAAAUGAAUCCGUUUACGGUGCCGGUGGGCAUGUUGCUGUACUCCGUGGCACGCAACAUGAAGAACACACUGGAACCUAUUACGCCCAAGACGGCAGGCAAUAUACGUGCCCUGCUGGACAACUGCAUCAAGCUACUGCCCAAAGAGCAGUAUCCACAAAUUGUCAGCUCCUCCCACUAUAUACUCUCCGACUUGCAUGUGCCCGCAGGCAUAGAUCCAAAGGCGCCCAAAUUCAACGACUCCCCUUCGCUCUUCAAUGCUGACGACGACGAGGACGAGGAUGAUGAGGAUGCAGAGGAUUACGAUGACGAGCCACCGCUCGACUUUGGUCAUGACAAGUACUAUCAGAGCGCAGCGCAAAGCGGUGGCAAAGCGAAUGUUGCGGUUCGACAUAUUUGUGACGCUUUGCGGGACUUCAAAUCGCACGCCAAGCAAUCAAAACCGGCGCCCUUAAUAGCCAGCACCGUGGAUCGCUGCAAGAUUUCGCUGCAGCACAUCAGCGCGGGCAUCUCAUGUUUGCAAUACUUCAAUGACAAUCAGGAGGAGAAAUUGAAGGAGUCGGAAAUGCACGCCAAGCAAGAGGAGAAGCAGCGCAUUCUGCACGAAGAGCAGAAUCCCAACAUGGCCAAGCCCUUCAAUGCUAUACCACUGCCCUACGAGCAGCUUCAGCUUGUUCAGCCGCCAGCCCAGGCGCAGUCCAAGAAGCGCUCCAUUAAGACGAAGAGCAAACGCAGCAAGUCCAAGGAACUGGCCACCACCAACAGCAGCAACAAGCCCGCAGCUGUCAGCUGCAAUCAGAAGCUCAGCGCCAAGUUUAAUAGUCAAAAUUUUGGUUCAUGGAAUGUGCAUCUUAAGCUGCUGCUGCUAGAGAAGGCUUGCCUGACAUAUGCCACGCUGGCAGAGCAUUAUUACGAAGCCCAGAUCUAUGGCAGCACGCUGCGUGCCAUUGAGCUGGCCUGUCGCUGCCAGCAAGUGCUCAACAAGUAUAUGGCCAAUGUGGUCUCCCAGCAGAGCUGUCUGCUGGGCCGCGCCGGCGACUGUUUCUUUCAAAUCUCAAAGCACUGGAGUGCUAUUGAGGAGUAUGUGCAGCAAUAUGAGCAGCUGGAUGAGCCCACGUGUCAGAUAAGCGAUGAGCUGGCCCAAGAAUUGGAAGAAUCAGAGCUGCUCACGCUGGCGCCUGUCAAGAAUGUCGAAAAGGUUAUGUUGCACAGCUGCAAAUGCUACGAAGAUGCGCUGGAGCACGCCCAGAGCGCGGAGAGCAAUGAGCUGCUGCGUCGCUUGGGCAAUGUGCGCAACGAAUUGGGUCUCAAGUACAUGUACUCGGCUCAGGAGGAGUACAGCCAAAUGAAACGCAAAAAGGAGGCGGGUUCUGAGGAUCAUUCGAAAUCUGAAUUGGAUGCAAAAACUGAGACUGUUGCGGCUGCGGCGGAGCCUUUGUAUGUCAAACUGACGGUCAAUUCGUAUGACUGUCUGCGUCGUGGCAUUGAGGCCUUCACAGCGGUUCAGGAUAAUGUGAAUCUGGCGUUUCUCUACUGCAACAUGGGCAGAUUUAUGCGUCUGCGUGCACACUUAACCAUGCCCAAUGAAAGCACCAUUGCCUUGGACACACAGAAAACCUUUUAUAAUGAGGCCUUCAACUACUAUGAGAAGGCCAAGGACUGCCUGGACACAAGGAAAGCCAAUGCAGAGCUCUGGGAUCUGGUGCAGUGGGAGCUAUCGACGGCCACCUUUACAUUGGCCAAGCAGCUGCAGGACUACAGUGCAGCCGACAAAAGCAGCCUGGCCGAGGCAUCCAAGGAGGUGCUAGAAUUGCUACAAAAAUCAUUACGCCUAUGCGAUGUGGAUCAUGCAGGCGCACGCCAAGUGCUCUAUAGCUUUCGCUCGGGUCUGAUACACAAGCGCAUUGCCUCGUUUCACUAUGCGCAACUGCGUGGCCAUGGCGUUUGUGAUGUGUCCCAGCUGCCCAAGUCGACGCUGCAGCUGUGCAAAUACCACUACGAGAAGGCCACACAAAUCUUGGAGAGCUUGAAGGAGGUGCGGGAUCUGCUGGUGGUGCAAUUGGAGCGCAUCUCAUUGCACGAAUUUCUGGCAGACGUUUCCACCCACGCUGCACAGAAGGUCAAGCAAAUGCAAGCUGCUUUAGACAUUUGCUUCCAGUGCCAGCUCAUUUUCGGGCACGUCAUCGAUAGCAGCAGCAACGUCACCACGGAUGAUGACGAAUUCAUAGCACAUUUAACGCUCUUUGAGAGUCGCUUGCAGAACGCAUUGAAAACGCUCAUCAAAUUGCUGUUAACGACCGGCAAGGAUCCAAAACAGCUGUCGGCAUUGUAUAAGCGCAUGUAUAUGGAAACCUUGACUGGGAAACAUGGCAUAGGCGCACAGCAAUCAGCAGCAGAGUCAAUCUCGCGUUCACACCAUUUGCACACGCUGCUCACCCGGCUGAAAGCCAUGUGCGGCGCUCAGCUGGCCAGCGACUAGCCAAGUAAAGUGUUUUGUACGUGUCGUCUACGAGUUUUAUAAAAACAGUUCAAAUUUUGUGUAUA